AUGGGCCCAUGGAGUUCCAAGGGCCCCAAAGUGCAGCAAGCGCGAGUCCUGCUCCUAGGCCUGGACGGGGCGGGCAAGUCCACACUCCUAUAUCAGCUGAGCCUGGCACAGCGCAUGGCCACCCUGCCCACCGUGGGCUUUAAUGUGGAGACGCUGGAGUGGGACAGAGGCCUGUGGGUCACCUUGUGGGACGUGGGGGGCCAGGAGAAGAUGCGGACCGUGUGGGGCUGCUACUGCGAGCAUGCUGAUGGGCUUCUAUACGUGGUGGACAGCUCCGACCUGCCGCGCCUAGAAGCAUCCAGGAGGGCCCUGGAGCGACUUCUGCAGAACGACCACCUCAAGCAUGUGCCCGUGGUUAUCUUGGCUAACAAGCAAGACGUGGAGGGAGCCCUGGGAGCCGAGGACCUCACCCGCAGGUUCCGAAUACAAAAGCUAUGCAGUGACCGCAGCUGGUACGUGCAGCCUUGCAGCGGGCUUAGCGGGGACGGGCUGGCCCAGGGUUUCCAGAAGCUGGUGGCUUUUGUGAAGAGCCACAGAAAGUCAAGGGCUGCCCUUGCCUUCUUCAAGCCCACGUGA